AUGCAACCGGUGGUAGUUCAGCUCCAGGAGGAGAAAGAAAGGGCGAUGAAAGAGGUCGCGGAGAUGAAGAAAUACUUGGCUAAGAGAGAGAAGGAAGGAGAUGCGGCGGCAAGGAUCAGAUUGUUGCAAAGAGAAGUGGAGAAGGCGAAGGAGUCGGAGAGGAAGAUGCUGGAAUCCAUGAUCUCCCAGACGAAGCAGCUGGAGCACACCAAGAUCGAGCUCGAGGAAUCGAAGCUGGAGAUUAGAAAUCUCUUGGCGAAGCCGAGAGCAAUAGCUCCGACAAAACCUGAAUCUCAAUCCCAGGACGAGAUGGGGAGGCUCAGGAACGAGUUGCGGCUGGCCACCGAGGCGGAGGAGAAGAACAAGAAGGCCAUGGAUGAUCUGGCGAUGACGCUCAAGGAGGUCACCACGGAGAUGAAUCGGUUGAAGGAGAAGCUCUCGGUCGCGCAGGCGGAUCUGGAUCGGGUGAGAGCUGAGGCCGACCAUUCCAAAUCGAUGUGGAUGACGACGGAGGAGAAAUUCCAGAUCCUUGUGGAAGAAGUCGAUAAGCUGAGGAUGGAGGCGGAUGAAUCGGCCACCGCCUGGAAUGCGAAGGAAGCUAGUCUCAUCGAUUGUAUGAAGAUCUCCGAAGAGGAGAUCACCAAGCUGAAGCAGGAGAAUUCGAGGCUGGAGGAAGCCCAGCGAUCUGCGAAGGAGGAAAGCACCAGAUUCAGGGACAUCAUGAAGCAGGCGGUCAACGAGGCCACCGUCGUCAAGGAAGCCCUGGAGAUCGCCAGGGGAGAGAACUCCUCACUGAAGGACCUCAUCUCCGCCAGGGAAAAUUCCCUGAAGACGAUGAAGCAAGAUCUGGAGCGCGCCAAGCUCAACGAAGCCACGGCCAUGGACAGCGUCAAGGAGUUGCAGAGCUGUCUCGCCGGAGAGCCGCCGCCGGCGAGCUCGAUCGACGAGGGGACGACCGCAAAGCCGAAGGCCCUGUCGAGACAAGGAUCGGAGAAGAGGGCGAUCCCGGUGAAGUUCCCGUCGGAGCGAUGGAGGAGCGACCAUCCACACGUCCAGAACGGGCUGAGAUCUGCCGCUGCGGAUCCGGGAUCCAUAUCGGAGAGGGUGACCACCUGGUCGGCGAAAAAGGACCGGACGCGCUCCUCGUUGAGCUGCGCCUCAGAUCUGACCGGCUCGUCCCACCUAGGGUUGCACAAUGGAGACGAUUACCCGUACCUCGACGAAGCAGGGACCAACGUAGGGCUGCCGGCGAAGCAGAGGAAGAAGAGGCAGAUCCUCCACAGGUUCAGCGAGCUUCUGAGAAGAGGCCGCCUCCCCAAGUAG